CUUUCCGAGGCCACAGUUCUCCGAGCCCGCCGCAAGCAACGCAGCGCAUCGCAUCAUGGGGUUCUCCUUCCUUCCAGCACCUACGCGAUCCUACGAGGCGCCAGCGGCACCAAAGCCGCGGGCAGCCCCUGCACCAACGGCAUCAUCGUCCACCGCUGUGAAGAAGUUCCAGCCGACACCACGACCCCCGCAGCAAAUCCCAGCGUACCCGCACCGUACCAAGAAGCAGUAUUCGCCGCGUGAUCCCGCAGCGGACUUUGGCGAUGGCGGUGCGUAUCCCGAAAUUCACAUAUCGCAGUUCCCCUUGGGUCUGGGGAAGAAAGGCGGUGGCGAGGAAUCGAACGUGUUGUCGUUGCAAGUGAACGAGAGCGGGCGGGCCGCGUAUGACGCGAUCGUCAAGAAGAAGAACCAAAUCGUGUACAGCAGCUUCAACGACUUGGUCGAAAAGGAUGUGGGGGAGGACGCGUUGGCGAAACCGACCCUCGAGGAAGAGCAGGAGGUCGCGGAGAAGACGCGCGCCGCUUUGGAAGCGUUGGUGACUGGCAAAAUUGCCGCCGCGCACCCCGUGAACGUGGACCGACAGAAGAACGUCAAGGAGACGUCAACGUACAUCCGCUACACGCCGCACGACCAGGGCUUGAAUGCAGACAGCGAAGUGCCGAAGCAGCGCAUCAUCCGCAUGGUGGAGGCGCCGGUGGAUCCAAUCCAACCGGCCAAGUUUAAGCACAAGAAGGCGGUGCGUGGGCCGCCGUCGCCGCCCGUGCCGGUGAUGCACUCGCCACCGCGCAAGUUGACGGUGAUGGAUCAGCAAGCCUGGAAGAUUCCGCCAUGUGUGUCCAACUGGAAAAACGCCAAGGGGUACACGAUCGCAUUGGACAAGCGGCUGGCGGCGGACGGACGCGGGUUGAUGAAGGUGACUGUGAACGAUCAGUUUGCAUCUUUUGCCGAGGCGUUGGCGAUCGCCGAGCGAAAGGCGCGGGAGGAGGUGAACAUGCGCAUCCAGGUGCAGAAACGACUCGAUGCCAAGCAGAAGGAAGCAAAGGAGGUCGAGUUGCGCGAAGUGGCGGCCAAGGCACGGCAAGAGCGAGGUGGGGGCGGUGGCGCCAGCCAUUACGGCGGCGCGUCCGAUCGCAGCGACGACGACGACGACGACGAAGGCCGCCGCGAGCGCGACAAGAUGCGCUUUGAUCGGCGCCGCGAACGCGAGCGCGAGAUGCGCCUAGAGAACCUAAUGGGCAAGAAGGGCAAGCUGGCGCGGGAUGAAGAUCGCGACGUGUCGGAAAAGAUUGCAUUAGGGCAGCUCCAGGGCGGCGGCAAGCGCAGCGACGCAUCGUUGUUUGACUCUCGGCUGUUCAACCAGUCGCAGGGGAUGGACAGCGGCUUUGGCGGCGAAGACGACUACAACGUGUACAGCAAACCCAUGGUGGACCGCGGCAAGUCGACGGUGUACCGGCCCAAGGUGGACGCGACCGCCAUCGACGGCGACCGCGAGUACGACGACUUGAAGGCCGGCAGCGCCAAGCGGUUCCGCGCCGACAAGGAGUUCCAGGGCACGGAUCAUGCGGCAAAACGAUCUGGCCCGGUUCAGUUUACAUAUGACAACCAGCCCAACACAGGAGAGAAGAGUGAAGACGAAACGAAGGGAAGAGCAAGGGACCGGUCGGACUCGCCGCGACGAAGUCCCAGUCGCAGUCGAUCGCGGGAUGAUGGUCGGCGACGACGACAUGGGCGGUCGAGAUCGAGGGAACAGACCCACAAGCGACCGCGUGAGUCGCCGGACCGGUCGCGGUCCCCAGAUGCCCGACGCCGCCGCCAACGACGACAUGAUGACGAUCCGUUUGGCGUCGAUCAGUUCCUCGAUGAUGCGCGGCGCGGCGACUCGUCCCGCCACCGCCGUUAGGACGACAAAUGAUGACGACGACUUGAUAAAUAUGACGAUGCACGAGGAUGAAAAUUCCUCGCGGUGUUUGAUUUAGUACUAUUUCGUCCGUUGCAAUCGAAUUAAUUGAACGAAAUGCCGGUUGGUUUCAAGUGAAA